UACAUGCUUCCCUUAGGCAGUAUUAUUAGAAAGCACUGCAUCAAUUUUCAUAGUUAUGCAGAUGAUACUCAGCUUUACCUAUCAAUGAAGCCAGAUGACACACAUCAAUUAGUUAAACUGCAGGAAUGUCUUAAAGACAUUAAGGCCUGGAUGACCUCUAAUUUCCUGCUUCUAAAUUCAGAUAAAACUGAAAUUCUUGUUCUCGGCCCCACAAAUCUUAGAAACAUGGUGUCUAACCAGAUACUUACUCUGGAUGGCAUUACUUUGGCCUCCAGUAACACUGAGAGAAAUCUUGGAGUCAUUUUUGACCAGGAUAUGUCCUUCAAUGCACAUAUUAAACAAAUAUGUAGGACCGCUUUUUUGCAUUUGCGCAAUAUUUCUAAAAUUAGAAACAUCCUUUCUCAGAGUGAUGCUGAAAAGCUAAUUCAUGCAUUUAUUACUUCUAGGGUGGACUACUGUAAUUCAUUAUUAUCAGGCUGUCCUAAAAGCUCCCUGAAAAGUCUUCAGCUGAUCCAAAAUGCUGCAGCUAGAGUACUGACAGGGACUAGAAAGAGAGAGCAGAUUUCUCCCAUAUUGGCUUCUCUUCAUUGGCUCCCUGUUAAAUCUAGAAUAGAAUUUAAAAUUCUUCUCCUCACCUACAAGGUCUUGAAUAAUCAGGAACCAUCUUAUCUCAAAGACCUCAUAGUCCCAUAUCACCCCAACAGAGCACUUCUCUCUCAGACUGCUGGCUUACUUGUGGUUCCUAGGAUACUUAAGAGUAGAAUGGGAGGCAGAGCCUUCAGCUUUCAGGCCCCUCUUCUGUGGAACCAGCUCCCAGCUUGGAUUCAGGAGACAGACACCCUCUCUAUUUUUAAGAUUAGGCUUCAAACUUUCCUUUAUGAUCAAGCUUAUAGUUAG